AUGAAUACUUCGGAAUCAGAAGAAAAGAAAAAUGAGAUAUUAAUUAAAGUUAUUUCUAAAGACGGAGACAUUCGUGUCGUUAAACAAGAGAUGGCAAAGAUGUCACUGACCCUCAAGGAUAUGCUCGAUACUACCGGUGCUGAUCUGUCAGCCAACCAACAACUGCCUCUUCCAUUAAAUCUUAUAUCAACAAAAGUUUUGGAUAAAAUCAUUGAAUACACCGGUUAUCACAGUGAAGACCCAAUUGAAGAAAAAGAUUCGGAUGAUGAAGAAGAACCUGAAAUCAAGAAAAGUGAUGACAUAAGUGAUUGGGACAACAAUUUCAUGAAAAAUAUGGAUUGCAAUACACUUUUUGAUUUACUUUUGGCUGCAAAUUAUCUUAAUAUUAAAGGACUGCUAACUCUCGGCUGUAAAGUAGCGGCAAAUCAAAUCAAAGACAAAAGUGCUGAAGAAGUACAACAAUUGUGGCGAAUUGAGUGCGACAUUAGUCCUGAAGAAGUUAUACAAAUCAAGAGAGAGAACGCUUGGGCUGAAGAUUAA